UGUAAUUUAUGGCGCGCGGUGCACUUCCUAUUUUUUUCCCCUUCGUGCUUUUUCACCACCAUGAAAUCAUUUUCAUUUUCACGCGAAUCAUCAUCGAUUGAGGGUUAAUGGUAGCAAUUCCCGUUGUCGAGCCUCAGCCAAGGGAUAAGUCGUCGACGUAACUCGAUUUUCGCGUCCGAUCGAACGAGAUGGAUACCGAGCAUAUUCUGAAGAAUGACAUCGGACGAUGUUUGAAAUUAAUAUUAUCGGGAAACGACGUGGCCAUCAACGACGGCUGGCUGAAGCUGAAGAACCUGCGGGACAAUCGGGAGUUCGGUCAACUGAUCGACUGCGAGGAUACGCUCAGGGAUACCCUCAGGGGUCACGUACGCAACGUGUCGGAGGUGCCCAAGAUCCUGACGUGGAUGUCGUCAUACGUAAUCGAGAAACGUUUCAACGUCAAUCCGAUCUCCAACGACGUUGCCCUGCUCCUGCGAAAUACGGACAUCGGUGACAUGUCGCGACUGACCGAGCUCCUCAACACAUUGGCGGAUAACCGAGUGUACCUGCCAAGAUCAGCGAAUCACGCCAAGCUCUGCGAAGCUAUAGUCAUGAGUCUGUCUUCCUUCCAAAUGCCCUUGGAGGCGAAAAAAAUUUUAGAUUUCUAUGACAACACUAGCAAGAUUCAGCACUUUCUCAAAAUACUAUGCUCCAACACAAAGAACGGGGAGCGUGACAUCCUAAUAUUUACCUGUCUCCAAACCCUAUACAAUAUCAUCUCGGACACAGACAGAAAGCAGGAGCCAGGUCCAGGUCUUGCCGCUAUAUUGCAGUUGGUGGAGUCCUCCGUUAUUCCGCAGGCAGUAGAUUGGAUUCUGUCCCAAUCGCAUUCCGAUCAGCAGUUGGUCCAGGCCCUAAAAGUUUUGUGCAAUUGGCUCCCGCAAUGGCGUGAGGAUCGCCUCAGUGUUUGGAUAAUGGAAUUUAUACACGGUUUGGAAAAACAGCACAAAUAUUCCACUCUUCUGGAGCUCACAGAAUCUUCGGUAGAUAUAGUAAUGUUAAUGUGCAAGGUGUUGCUGAUACCGAUAAUACGCCAGAAUGCUUCCAAUAUUAUAUUUUACAUUUUAAAAAGGCAAAGCUCAUUAUUGGUUAUUCAAAAUAUAGUUAGAAGAAUACCAGCAUUGAUAAAGGAUUUGAUGAAGGAGGAAUCGGAUUCCAGUAAGGAAUGUAUACAAAAUUUAGUUGAUAUUAUGAAAGUAUAUAGCAAAAGAUUUUCGACAUGUAUAUCAACAUGUGGAAGUACCGAGAAUUAUUCUUACCCUGUAUUACCGCGGUUGCAAGUUGUAACAGAGCUUUACAGGGAACCGGUGUGGAUAGACGAAACAAAGGAGUUUGAACCAAUUGUGGAAUCGGAAAGACCAUUAUCUGGAAAAGUUGGACUUUCCAAUCUUGGGAACACUUGCUACAUGAACAGUGUGCUGCAAGCCUUAUUAAUGACCAGACAAUUUUGCCAGGAAGUACUGAAUUAUCAUCCUUUGAAUGAGGCAGGAAAAACGCCUUUGCUGGAGAAACUGCAAAAUUUGUUUGCAUUAUUGUUAUAUUCUAAGAGAAUAUGCUUGGCACCUACUGAAGUGUUACGAGCUUCGCGACCUACAUAUUUUUUGCCUGGACAGCAACAAGACAGUUCAGAAUUCCUCUGUCAUCUGUUGGAUGUUUUGCAUGAACAAGAAAAAUCUGCCAAUAUAAACUGUGGAGGAAGUGACACAGCAACUCUUAAAUGUAAAAUUGAGAAACAAGAAGACAAUGUAAUAUUGCCGACAGAAUCAACGAAAAGUAUCAUUAAGCGUUGGACAACCGAAGAAGAUCUAACGGAAGGUUUGGCAUUGCAACGGAAAACACAAUCAUUAGCGGACUUUACGCGAGGUGAAGAGCUAGGACAGCGGCUCAGCGAUUCUCAUUCAGAUUCGACAGACAGCGGUAUACAAUCCGUAGGUGGUGAAGAGACAGGCGCUUAUACAUCGCUUGUACACAGAGUAUUGGGUGGGGAGUGUCAGAUCACAUACCAAUGCGCACAAUGUGACACUAGUUCUCGCAACACGGACAAAUUUCGCGAUCUGCAAUUGUGCUUUCCCGAAGAAAUACAAGAGAAUCAGGAAGUUUCUGUUCAGGACCUCAUCAACUAUUAUCUCACGCCGGAAAAGUUAACGGGAGAGAACAAGUAUCGAUGCGACAAAUGUACGAAAUUGUGCGACGCACAGAGAAUCAUUACAAUUCUGCAGGCACCCGCGCACUUAGUUCUUACGUUAAAACAUUUCCGAUAUGAUUUUGACACGCGAUUGAGGACGAAACUUCGGCAUAAAGUGACAUACAACGAUACUAUACGGCUACCGGUAUCGGCAAUACCGUGUACCGCAGCCGAGACGUAUCAUUUGUACGCCGCUGUCGUACAUUCUGGUUAUAGCAUGGAUUACGGGCACUAUUUCACAUACGCCUGUGAUUCCAAGCAAAAUUGGUACAAAUUUAACGAUAGUUUUGUAUCCCAGACCACGUUCGAGGACUUCAAAAGCUUGAAACCACCCGACACACCUUAUAUAUUGUUUUAUGAAAAAUCAGGAAUCCACGACGGGAUCUACGAAGAUGACAAACCCGAAUUAUCAACUCUGAGCAAAGGUAUACAGGAACUGAUAGCGAAUGAUACUACGGAUUACAUAGAGGAGCUGAGACGGCGAGCGACAGCGUCACAACGUAGCCAACUUCCAACAAGAUCCUUGAGGCAACAUAAUAAUUCCGAUGAUGAUAAUCCGCCACCUAGUAGCUGUCGCGGUGCAAUCGACGUCCCGGCGAACCGUUUUCUUUAUUAAACGAGAUAAUAUAUUAUAUGAGAAAAUGGCGAAGGUCUUGCCAAUCGCAUCAACAGCUCUGUUCUAACAAUAAGUAUUUUAUAUAUGUGUAGAUAAAAGAAUUACAAUCAUCACAAAGUAAUCUUAGCAUAUUAUGGUUCUACACCAUAUCGUAUCGCUAUGGAAAACUUUUAUAAGAAUUGAUAUUAGUUCGCAUUUUACAUCUACAAAGUGAAAUAUACAUCACUGUACAUGUUCAUCACACUAGUGUAACUCAAUGAUAGCUGUACAAAAAAAGUUAUAGCAGCUGUACGCGAUAGAAUACAAGGUGCAAUUAUCAUCCAGAGGUUGAAUCUGUGCAAAUGAAUUUGUAUGUAGAUAAAAUAUAAAUCGAUACACAUGAGAAUAAUAUUUAUACGAACACAGGCAGAUACAUUUAUGUAUACAUGAAAGAUAAGUAAGCAUCCCAAACAGCACACAUGUCCAAACGACAUCUAAAAAAUGACUUAAAGAUGUCUUAAAGUCCUUUAGACAUUUUUAAGACAUCUUUUGGCCUUUUUGUGCUGUCUGGAAUUAAGGCUAUUACAAAUUAAUGUUUCUAUUUUCCAAUCGCUAAUAAUGUAUAUAAAAAAAG